AUGGGUAAAAGGGAAAUAGAAACAUUGGAUUCAAAAGCAUCACUGGUUUCUUUUAGUGAGAUAGUUGAAGCGCUGAAGUUGAGGGUCGAGCAAGACGCAAAAAAGUUGGAGGUGUUUGAGGCUCAAUUAGAGGCUAUGAAAAAUCAGGUACAAUGCAUCGAAUUGUUAAGCUUAAGAGUUGAACUUCUCGAGAAAGAAGUGAUGUUACUAAGUGAGAAGAUAAAGACUAAUGAGGUUUUAAAACCAUACCAGCUGAAAGAUUAUAGUGACGUUGAAAUGCAUUUGGAUGAGUUGCAUGCUAACCUAAAUGCAGUAAAUGAUACAAGACAAAAGACUCUUGAUUCAGAUGGAGAGAGUACAGUGGAUGGAAGAAACCCCGUGGCAACAACUUAUAAUGAACAACCGCAAGAAUCUUCGCCUAUAAAGAUGUUUCAACCCACUACCUCUAAUGUUGAGAAAUUCAAGCAGAAGAAAAUCAUGAAGACAAUCAAAAUUAUGGAAACAGAUCAUGAACCAAUAAUUACACGAGAUAAGAGCCAAAGGGAGACAAAACUGGGGCCAUCUUUGCGAACACCAUAUCGGGGAACUAAACCAGCUAUAGGUAUGACAACCAUAAUCAACCAGUCAAUGGCAAUUGUUGGACGUGGAUAUGAUCCAUUCGCACCAGUGGAUGAGCAAAAAGUUGAGGUUUUAAACGAUUGGUUACAAUUGGAUGAGUAA